GACGGAGCGGGCGGGCGGUGGCGGCGGCACGUGGUGAUCCCGGCGGGAGCGGCGCGGGAGCCGGGACGCGGCGGGGCCUCGGCUGCGGAGGGAGUUCCUUUUCCUGACGCUGUGCAAAUGCCGAAAGGACUGUUAAUUAUACAUGAUUGGUGACAUCACAGAAGCUAAAGAAUGCCAACGAAAAGAUCCCAUGGAUUUGUUUCGUUCUGGGCAAGUUGUGAAGAUAUGUGCCCCCAUGGUCCGCUAUUCAAAGUUGGCUUUCAGAACCUUGGUAAGGAAAUACAGCUGCGAUUUGUGUUACACACCAAUGAUAGUGGCAGCAGAUUUUGUGAGAUCUGCAAAAGCAAGAGACAGCGAAUUCACUACAAACAAAGGUGAUCAUCCAUUGAUUGUUCAGUUUGCUGCUAAAGAAGCACAGGUUUUGUGUGAUGCUGCACGUAUCGUCUGUCCUUUUGCAGAUGGAAUAGACCUAAACUGUGGUUGUCCUCAGAGAUGGGCCAUGGCAGAAGGUUAUGGUGCUUGCUUAAUAAAUAAACCAGAACUUGUUAAAGAUAUGGUGAGACAUGUACGAAAUCAGAUCGACAACCCUAAAUUUUCAGUGUCUAUUAAAAUAAGGAUCCAUGAGGACUUAAAAAGAACAGUUGACCUGUGUCAAAAAGCUGAAGCAGCUGGAGUUUCAUGGAUUACAGUACAUGGGAGAAGUAUAGAAGAAAGGCAUCAGCCUGUACAUUAUGAUGCAAUUAAAACAAUUAAACAAAGCAUGUCUAUACCUAUUGUGGCUAAUGGAGACAUUAAAACUUUAAAAGAUGCUGAAAGUGUUCAUCAGUUGACAGAAGCAGAUGGUAUAAUGGUGGCUAGAGGACUCUUGGCAAAUCCAGCUAUGUUUGCAGGAUACGAAGAGACACCUUUUAAGUGCAUCCAGGACUGGGUUGACAUUGCUCUUGAGCACGGAACUCCUUUUACAUGUUUCCACCACCACUUAAUGUACAUGAUGGAACGGAUAACUUCAAAACAAGAAAAAAAAGUUUUUAAUGUUUUAUCCAGUACCUCAGCAGUACUAGAUUACCUGAAUGACCAUUAUGGUGUGUGAUAAAUGGAAUUAUUUUAAUUCUGUGUAAACUUGUAUUUUGCAAUUGUCGAUACAUUGUUAAAAUUUUAAUUGGGUUCCUACUUCUUAGUCACAUUUAUCUACUGUAUAAGUAUUUUCAACACAGCAUAACAUCAUUAGAAUGGUAAUUUAUUUUUUUAGUAUUUUUAUGUGUACAUUUUUCUCUCUAGAAAAUAUUCCAGAUUCCACAAAUGUGGAAUUCAGUUUACAAUGCACUACUACAUAGAGGGUAUAUUAUUGUAAGGCUCCAGUAAUUUAAAUUUUCACCAGACAAUUGCUUACAGCAAUGUUAUUGCAAAACUAGGGCCUUUCUUACAUGAAACCUCCUAAAAUCCUCCUAAAUAAUGCCAGUAAUUUCAGACCAAAAGAAUACAAAGGGAGCAAUUAUAGAAGUUUUUGCUUUAACUGACAUAAGCCAAAUUUAAAUUUGAGUAGAUUUUCAAACUUUAAGACUGUGAGGCUUUGAAACCCAGCAUACUAUCCUCUUUUAAAUUAGAUGUUCCUUUUGCAGAUUGAAACUUUCUAAACUUAUUUACAACUUAGAAAAAUUCCGUACUUCGUAUAGCAGAAGAAGUAU